CUUCCUCAACUUCAACAAACCCUCCACUCUCUUCCUAGAUCGAUUCUGCUGAUGUUGUCGGGGAGAAGAUUCUGUUUCAACUCGAAUCUCUAAUCGCCUUGGAAAGCCUGUCAUGGUGCGAACAAUGUCUUCUGACGAGUACCGCGCGCUUGGCCGCGCAUACUACAAGGAGAAGAAGUACGACCAGGCAGUCGAAUCUUUCACAGAAGGCAUCAAUGUAGUAGAUACUCCAUCGGUCAGUCAAUUCGAUGAGCGUGCUGCAAGUUACGAGAAGCUCGAGAACUUCAACGCGGCGCUGAAAGAUGGCCGGACCAUGAUCCAGAUCGAUAAGAAGAAUGUCAAGGGUUAUCUGCGCACUGGCAACCUUCUCCAGAAGACCGAUAAACCUGAAAAAGCUUUGGAGAUCUACAAGUACGGGAUGAAGCAUGUUGUAGACAGCAAGGACUUCAAGAUAUUACAGGAGCUGCAUGACAAGCUCACGCGCCAACUGUCUCCUCCUAAGUCUAUUGACCCGCUUACUAUGCUACCAGUGGAGAUCGCCAAAAUGAUCAUCGAUUAUCUGUCCUUCAAGAACAUGGUCAACUGUCUACGUGUCAGUAAAGGGUGGAGGGCUUUCCUGACCAGAUGUCCGGAUUUGUGGAUCGAUAUUGACCUCUCAGGGGCCCGGAAAGACGUCAGCAGGGCCUUCAUGCGCAAUGCAGUGCGGUACUCCCAAAAUAAGGUCCAGCGUCUCUCGAUAUAUCGUUUUCGGCACGACGACAUGCUCGGCAACAUUGGAGCAGUUUGCAGAGAUCUCUCGGACGUGACCUUCAUUUCUGGGAUGCUCAUGUCCAAGUCCAUCCUUGAUCUAGUGAGAAGAGCAUCGCGGUUGAAAAACAUCCGUCUUUACACCGCAGUGGCUCUGGAUACCGUCUCUGAGAUUCUCAACUCCUGCCCUGUGCUGGAAUAUGCGAUUUUCGACCAGGUCACCGGAUUUUGUGAGGCUCCAGGUCGCUUUUUCCCAAACCGUCGCUACCUGCAACUACGAAAGCCCUUGAAGAACCUGCAUACUCUCGAGAUCAAAGAUGUCCAUCACACAACACCUCCCUCUUUACAUCCUACCGACGACAUCCUAAAGUUUACGCCCGCUCUUUCAACAUUGCGCUUGUGGCGUUUUGUUCCAGCGUUUCCCCAGGGCAUCGGGGACCUUUCCCCCUUUCCAUUGACACAUCUGAAAUUGGAAUCCUGUAGAGGUCUGACGGGACUUCCUCGCACGCUAAAGCACCUGGAUCUAGAAGGGACUGGGGGCAUUGACGAGCCGUUUUGGCGUCUCACAAAUGACUAUUUGCCUCUAUUGACGCACCUGCGCUUGUCCUCCUGGCAUUUAAUCUGGGGAGGAGCAGCCUUGGAGGCCGGGAUACACCAUCUCCUGGACCAUGAGAUUGACACGCAUGGCGAUAAGGUUCCCAUACGAGACUUUUCAAAGGUCACUAAUCUGGAAUCCUUGAUUCUCGACUCGUGCGUCUUCAUCGAAGAGGGCGCAGAUCUUUUCUCUCGAGGAAAUGGUUUCCUGGGCAAUUCACGACGCGUAUUGACCAACUCCUUGCAGCACCUUGAGAUCAGCAAUCAACUUGUCACAGACGAACACAUCGACCAACUCCUCAAGUGGGAACUCAACGCGCUGCACACCGUCAACUUUCCCAAGACCAAGAUCACUGGUGCUGGCGUCAAGCGGCUCAUCGACACACUUCCGAAACUGCGCUCACUGAACGUGGACUAUUGCGAGUCGAUUACCAGCCAUGAUAUCUGCGACUAUGCAGCGAAACGAGGAAUCAAGAUCAGCAUGAAGCGCUCCAAUGCUGCGAAUGGGAAGAAGGUUCGAUAUGGAAACUGAGCCUACUGAUAAACUGGUGUAGAGCACCUCAUGAAUUCAGGGGUUUACAGGGCCCAUCUGGUAUCACUCUAUCGUUCGGUAAAGUGUCAUGAUUCAUGAAUCUCUAUCGUCCUAGCCUAUCCACUAUCGUUAUCAUAAUCGGGAAGGCCGUCGUCAUCAUCCUCAUGAAACCCAUCAAGGCCCUGGAAUAGCACCUGCAUGACCGACCUCUAGAAAACGCCAUACCCGAUGCCCCCCCCCCCCCCCC